AUGCUGGCGGCGGGCGUCAUCGAGCCCGUGGACCACUCGGACUGGGCCACGCCUUUAGUACCGGUGAGGAAGGCGGAUGGUGGACUCCGAAUUUGUGCUGAUUACAAAAUAACAUUAAAUCCAGUUUUGUUGGUUGAUAGGUUCCCCUUACCGCGUAUCGAGGACCUCCUGCCUUUAUAUUUAACAUGCGAUGCAAGCGCCCGCGGCAUAGGCGGCGUGCUGACGCAGCGGUCUGCGAGCACAGCUGAUGGCGGGGCGGGGGGCGCGGGCGCGGGGCGGGAGCGGCCCGUUAUCUAUGUGUCCCGCGCGCUCACGGACGCAGAGAAAAAUUAUUCGCAAAUAGAUCGCGAGGCGCUUGCGAUUGUGUUUUGUUUAGGAAAGUUGCAUCAAAAUGAGAUUUAUGAGGAAUUAGGUUGUAUAAUGUGGGGUCACAGGGUAGUCAUACCUGAAAAUUGUAGGAGUAAAGUAUUAUUACAAUUACACGAAUCCCACAUGGGAAUAGUAAAAACAAAAGCGACAGCUCGAAGUUACGUCUGGUGGCCGGGGAUCGACGAGGCGGUGGAGGCGCUGUGCCGCGCGUGCCCGGCGUGCGCGGCGGAGGCGGACGCGCCGCCGCGCCACGCGCCCAGCCCCUGGCCCUGGCCCGCCGCUCCGUGGUCGCGGUUGCACGUAGACUUUUUGGGACCUAUUUUUAAUAAAACCUACCUAGUAAUUAUAGAUGCUAAAACCAAAUGGCUAGAAGUGUUCCAGGUACCGAGCACUGCGGCUACGAGUACUAUUCAUAAACUUUCGGAGUUAUUCGCGCGAUGGGGACUUCCCAAGCAGUUAGUUUCGGACAAUGGGCCCCCUUUUACAAGCAAAGAAUUUUCAGAAUUUUUGCGAGGUUGUGGUAUCGCUCAUUUUUUUACUGCCCCCUAUCACCCGGCUUCGAACGGUGCGGCCGAGAAUGCGGUUCGCACGAUUAAAAAAGUUAUUAAGAAGGCGAUAAGACUAAAUCUCGACGUUCACUUAUUUUUGAAUACUUUCUUAUUACACUACCGUAACACGGAACACUGCACCACAGGAGAAAGUCCUGCGGCGCUCAUGUUAGGUAGACGACUCCGGACCAAAUUAGAUAUCCUAAGACCUAACGUCGAGAACAGAGUCAGUAUAGUGCAGGCGCGUCAGGCAGAGAGUAGGGGACAGCCAGGAGAUAAUCGAGAAUUGCACGCGGGGGAGGAAGUAUGGUAUAGGAACUAUCAAGGUACGACGCGAUGGUUACCAGGGGAGGUAUCGCAGAAAAUAGGAGGUACCGACUAUAAGGUACUAGAUGGGUUAGGGAGAGAGAACCAUAGACAUAUUGAUCAGCUCAAACGUAGGUCAAGGAGUUCACUCAUUUGUCCUAACUCACCCCUGUCAGAUAAACAGGAUGAGAACAGGCUAUCUAUCCCCAGUACCACUAUGAAUGAAGCCGGUCCAGAGGAGACGCGCCCGCCAAGCCAAGAACCAGCGGGAACCACCAGCACCACCCAACCGCCCAGCAACGAGCGCGAGCCGAGCGCCGGCGGCGCCGCGUCCGCGCCCAGCCCGCCUGCGCCCGAGCCGCCCCAGUCCCGACCGAUACGACAGUGUAGGCUCAACCCUCCAAAAUAUAAAUUGUAG